UAUGGUAGAGGUCAACUCUUAAUCUGUUUCUUCUUGAGGUUAGGGUUUUCGAUCUGAUUUUGAGAGAGAUAGGCGCUGAAGGCUAAGAAGAAGAUCUUGAUCGGGAAAAAAGAAACAAACACAAUGCUGGAUCGCUGCUUUGGAGCUCGUCGUAUUCGACAGAUCCAGCGAACUUUUCGGCAUGGUAAGAUCACCAUUCUUUGCCUGUUCCUAACUGUUCUUGUUCUUCGCGGCUACUUAGGCGCUGGCAAAUUCGGCACUCCGGAACAGGAUUUUAAGGAGAUAAAGGAUCAUCUUCACUUCCGCAAGCGUGCUGAGCCUCACCGUGUUCUUGAAGAAGCCCAGACUACAACUACGGAAACGACGGAGAACAACAACAACAACAACAACUACGGUACCUUUGAUCCGACCAAGAUAGCGGUCGAUGAGGAAGGAGACGACGAGAAGCCUGAUCCCAACAAGCCCUACAGUCUUGGCCCCAAGAUCUCUGAUUGGGACGAGCAGCGAACGAAAUGGCUUGCGGAUAACCCUAAUUUCCCCAAUUUCAUUGCUCCCAACAAGCCUAGGGUUCUGCUCGUUACAGGGUCUUCGCCUAAACCAUGUGAGAAUCCAAUCGGUGAUCAUUACCUCUUGAAGUCGAUCAAGAACAAGAUCGAUUACUGCCGUCUCCACGCAAUCGAGAUAUUUUACAACAUGGCGCUUCUUGAUGCCGAGAUGGCGGGUUUCUGGGCGAAGCUUCCUUUGAUUCGUAAGCUCUUGCUGUCUCAUCCGGAGAUUGAAUUUCUGUGGUGGAUGGAUAGUGACGCAAUGUUUACCGAUAUGGCAUUCGAGGUUCCCUGGGAACGAUACAAAGAUCACAAUUUUGUGAUGCACGGUUGGAAGGAGAUGAUCUACGACGAAAAGAACUGGAUUGGGCUGAACACGGGAAGUUUCCUGCUUAGGAACUGUCAGUGGUCUCUCGACAUGCUUGACGCUUGGUCUCCCAUGGGUCCGAAAGGGAAGAUCAGAGACGAUGCUGGAAAGAUCCUCACUAGAGAGCUCAAGGGCCGGCCUGUUUUCGAGGCUGACGAUCAGUCCGCCAUGGUUUACCUCCUCAUCACGCAGAGGGACAAGUGGGGCGACAAGGUAUAUCUCGAGAAUGCUUAUUACUUGCAUGGAUAUUGGGGGAUUUUGGUCGAUAAAUACGAGGAGAUGAUAGAGAACUAUCACCCAGGACUGGGCGAUCAUCGAUGGCCCUUGGUUACUCACUUUGUGGGUUGCAAGCCGUGUGGGAAAUUUGGGGAUUACUCUGUGGAGAGGUGCCUGAAGCAGAUGGAUCGAGCGUUCAAUUUUGGUGACAAUCAGAUUCUGCAGAUUUAUGGGUUCACCCACAAAUCGCUGGCUAGCCGUAGAGUGAAGAGGAUUCGGAACGACACGAGCAAUCCUCUCGAGGUCAAGGAUGAACUUGGUUUGCUUCAUCCCUCGUUCAAAGCUGUCAAGGUACCCGCUUCGUCUUGAGUUUGGAUCUUGAGAA